UAGCACAGCAAGCAGCCAUCCACGAAGCACCACGUAAAAUUCUGAGCACAUUCGCUUAAUAAGAAGAGGCUUCCUCACGUUGCUUCGCACCAACAGGUGGGGAAAGUCAGUAUGAAAACAAGUCAGGUUUGAGUUGGAUCGUCAAAGCUUUGGUAGGAGUUUUCCUACUUGUAAUUACCUCGGAUGGCUGAAAAGAGUGUAUGUGUCACCUACUUGUUGUGGUUGAUUGGAGGCUGGUUUGGGCUCCACCAGAUCUAUUUACGCCGAGAUAGGCAUGCGUUUUUAAUUUGGUCUUCGGCAGCAGGCUAUUUAGGGUUUGGUUUGCUCAGAGAUUUAUGGAGGAUUCCUGAAUACGUCAAAGAUGCCAAUGAAGAUCCCGGAUACAUUGAAGAAUUGAUCAAAAACAUGAAGAAGAAAAAGAAGCCUCCGUACAAUAUUUUCAGGCAAUUUGGAGGAGUUGUUGUUGGAAAUCUUUGGGGAUGGAUUUUCCAGUUAGCUAUUCCAGAAGAAAAGGUGUUUGGCAUUGAUUUCAGCUUUCUUGAAUUCUUCAUACCAGUUGCUAUUGCUUUAGGGGUGCAUGCUGUUGGAAAUGUUGGGAGAAUUCAUGGAUCUUUUCUUUAUCCAUUAAUAGGAGCUUCAUCCCUAUUAAUCCUUAAAUUUUUUGAUGUUGAAGGGAUCUCAAUUGCAGCAUUUCUUUCUUCUGCAUUGUUUGAAGCCAAAGCUGCUCAAUGGAGAAGGAAACCAAAGCCUAAACAUAAUUUAUGCAGGAGGAUGUGUAUGCUGGGCGUAUGUGUACUUCUGUACUCUUGUCUUUGGUUAUCGUAUCUGUAUUUCAAUGCCGAGAUGACAGACUCAUCUGGUGAAUCCAUAAAAUUCCGCGAUGGAGUGGCAAAUUUCCUGACCUCGCCGCUAUGGACGGAUUUCAAACGUACUUUCCACACGUUAAUUAACUCGCUGUGGCAUCGAGGAUGGCAGGAAACGUGGAAACAGUUUAUGGAUGAUUUGGACCCAUUUGGUGAACACCAAGCAUUAAAGGUCUUGGGGCUUGAAAAUAAUGCAACACAAGUAGAAAUCACUGCUAAGUGGCGGAAGCUAUCCAAGGAAUGGCACCCUGAUCGUUACGUAGAUGCCGAUAAGAAACUAGAAGCUCAAGAAAAAUUUAUGGAGUUUAGCGCUGCGUAUGAAACACUAUCGAAAAUUAAAACUCGGCGCGCUAGAAAGAACAACGCUUUUCAAGACUACUAAUAAGCCAAUUCAAACAAUAAAUAAUCAAAUUCUUUUUGUUUUUCGGCAUCUAGCACUAUGUGAAUUCUCAGUCACGUCAGGUCUGAUAACAUUUAAUUUAUGUCUCAUAUUUUAGCAUUAUUCUUUGUUGCUUUGGAACCCGUCUAAGACCAGAGUAAAGUCUAUCUAUCCGUCCGCAUUGAAUAAAUUGUAACAUUUUUUUUAAAUUUUUCUUAUACACAA